GGUGCCUGUGGAACUUUCAAUAAUCCCGGCGACUUUAUCGUUGCACUCAAUUCAUGCGAAUUUGAUGGAGGUAGCCAUUGCUUCCAAACGAUAACUCUUACCGUGAAUGGCAUGUCAACACAGGCCCAGAUUACGGAUGAGUGCCCUGGAUGUCCGUGCGGAGGACUUGACCUCAGUCAGGGUCUCUUUGAAUUCUUCGCGCCAACCAGCGUCGGGGAAUUGUCUGGAUCGUGGAUUUAU